AUGUCUCUCCUCAGCCGAUUCUUCUACAAGCGUCCCCCAGAUGGCUUACUCGAAUUCACCGACAGAGUCUAUGUAUUUGAUUCCUGCUUCUCCACCGAAGCGCUUCCUGACGGAAUGUACCAGCUCUACCUCCGCCAAAUCCUCUCCGACCUCCACGAGGACUUCCCGGAAUCCUCCUUCCUCGCCCUCAACUUCCGCGACGGUGACUCCCGCAGCCGCUUCUCCCGCCUCCUCUGCGACUUCGACGCCACCGUCAUCGACUACCCCAAGCAGUACGAGGGCUGCCCCCUCCUCCCCCUCUCCCUCCUCCACCACUUCCUCCGCCUCUGCGACACCUGCCUCGCCGACCCCGCCACCGUGAUGCUCUUCCACUGCGAGCGCGGCGGCUGGCCUCUCCUCGCUUUUCUCCUCGCUGCUUUCCUCGUUUUCCGGAAGGUGCAGAGUGGGGAGCGCAAGAUUCUGGAGAUGGUGCACAGGGAGGCGCCGAAGGGGCUGCUGCAGCUGCUGUCGGCGCUGAACCCAAUGCCGUCGCAAUUGCGGUAUGUUCAAUAUGUGGCGCGGAGGAACAUUGGCGCGGAGUGGCCCCCGCCGGAGAGGGCACUGUCUCUGGACUGUGUGAUACUCAGAGGGGUUCCGGGUUUUGAUGGGGGAAAUGGGUGCCGGCCGUUGUUUAGGAUUUUUGGGAGGAACUUGCUUAGUAAAGGGGGGGGCCUUUCUACGCAGAUGAUUUAUAAUAUGCAUAAGAAGAAGAAGAGUUUGAGGCACUAUAGACAGGCAGACUGUGAUGUGAUUAAGAUUGAUAUUCAAUGCUUAGUGCAAGGGGAUGUGGUGUUGGAGUGUGUGCAUUUGGAUUUGGAUCCGGAGAGGGAGGUGAUGAUGUUUCGAGUGAUGUUCAACACAGCGUUCAUUCGGUCCAACAUUUUGAUGCUUAAUGCUGAAAACUUGGACAUUGUGUGGGAUUCGAAGGAGCGUUAUCCGAAGGGCUUCCGGGCUGAGGUUUUGUUUGGGGAGGUUGAAAACAUAAGUCCUCAAAGGGCUCCAACAAGUAUUUUAGAUGGUGAGGUUAAAGGUGGAUUGCCCAUUGAGGCAUUUUCAAGGGUUCAAGAACUUUUCAGUGGUGCAGAAUGGAUUGAAAGUGGUGAUUCUGCUGCUGUUUGGUUGCUCAAGCAGCUUACAGUCUUUAAUGACGCCAAAGAGUUUUCAAGGUUUCCAGGUAGAGGAAGUUGGUAUUCAUCACCUGCUGACUCUGAGGAAGAAAAUAAUGAAUCGAGCACUGCUGAUAGUUCAGAUGAGGCCUUUGACGUUAUUCCCAGGACUUAUGCUGAUCCUUCAAAAUUAUUUACAUCUGACACACCUGAUUUGGUCCAUUUAACUUUUGAAAACAAUGGUGGAGAUUAUGUAAAUCUCACUUCAGGAACACCUGAUCAAUUACUAACCGAUAAUGUUUCAUUACCUCAUCAUGCUCUAAGUAAUGAAUAUUCUCCUUGUUUGUCUCCACCAUCACCUUCAGCUGUUCCCGCUACUCAACCUCUUAACAUAUCAGCACCACCACCUCCUCCAUCAAUACCUAUACAGCCAGGUUUAGCUCCUCCUCCUCCUCCUCCACAUCAUAUAGUUCAUAAUGUGAAUAAUGCUUCUACAUUGCCUUCACCUCCUCCUCCUCCUCCUCCUCCAGCCCCUUCUCUCCCUAUAGGUAGCAAUGCCAAUGGCACUCCUGGUUUAUCUCCCCCUCCUCCUCCAGGUCCUGUGCGAACAAGUUUUCCGUCAGCACCUCCACCUCCACCUCCACCACCUCCUCCUCUUCCUACACCUUCAGGUCCUAUGCAAACAGGUUCAUCCCCAUCACCUCCACCUCCGCCUCCUUCAGGAUUUGUUGAAACAGGUUCAGCUCCACCACCCCCACCCCCACCUGCUCCAGUUCCUUCAAGAUCAGUUUCUGUCCCACCACCACCUCCACCUCCUCCAUGCCCUUUAAGAACAGGUUCUGUCCCGCCACCACCUCCACCUCCUCCGGGUCCUUUAAGAACAGGUUCUGUCCCGCCACCACCUCCACCUCCUCCGGGCCCUUUAAGAACAGGUUCUGUCCCGCCACCACCUCCACCUCCUCCGGGCCCUUUAAGAACAGGUUCUGUCCCGCCACCACCUCCACCUCCUCCAGGCCCUUUAAGAACAGGUUCUGUCUCGCCACCACCUCCACCUCCUCCGGUUCUUGUACAAACAGGUUCAACUCCACCUCCACCUCCACCACCUCCUCCUCCAGGACCUGUAAGAACAGGUUCAGCUCCACCACCACCUCCACCUCCUCCAGGCCCUGUACAAAUAGGUUCAGCCCCACCACCACCUCCACCUCCUCCAGGUCCUGUACGAAUAGGUUCAGCCCCACCACCACCUCCACCUCCUACAGGGACUGUACGAAUGGGCUCAGCCCCACCACCACCUCCACCUCCUCCAGGGACUGUACGAAUGGGCUCAGCCCCACCACCACCACCUCCACCACCUCCAGGUCCUGUACAAAUAGGUUCAGCCCCACCACCACCUCCACCUCCUCCAGGUCCUCUACGAAUGGGCUCAGCCCCCCCACCACCACCACCUCCUCCAGGUCCUGUACGAAUAGGUUCAGCCCCACCACCUCCUCCUCCUCCUCCUCCGGGUCCUGUACAAAUUGGUUCUUCCCCACCACCUCCACCUCCUCCUCCGGGUCCCACAAGAACAGGUGCUGCUCCACCACCUCCUCCUCCUCUGAGUGUACGAACAGGUCCAGCUCCACCACCACCACCAGCACCAAAGCCUCCAGGUGCUCCUCCUCCUCCACCUGCUCUUGGUUUAUCGACAAUGCCACCUCCACCUCCUGCAGCUAGUGCCUCUAAUGUGGCACCUCCACCUGGUAAAGCUUCAACAACAAAUGUUGGAAGAGGUCGUGGUACUGCUGGUACUGCUAAUGCUCCAAAGAAAACUUUGCUAAAACCCUUACACUGGGUGAAAGUUGCUCGAGCAGCCAAGGGAAGUCUAUGGGCUGAUUCACAGAAACAGGAUAGCGGAACAAGGGCCCCUGAGAUAGAUAUAUCAGAACUUGAGAGCCUGUUUUCAGCAGCAUCUACUUCUGAUGGGAACAGUACUAAAGGUGGAGUUCGGCGUGGUCCUAAUAUUAACAAACCGGAGAAAGUACAACUGGUUGACUUGCGUAGAGCAUAUAAUUGUGAAAUAAUGCUCUCUAAAAUCAAAAUUCCUUUGCCAGAAAUGCUUAAAGCAGUACUGGCAUUGGAUUCUUUAGUUCUUGAUAUUGAUCAGGUAGAGAAUCUCAUCAAGUUCUGUCCAACAAAGGAGGAGAUGGAGAUGUUGAAGAAUUACACCGGAAACAAGGAAAUGCUUGGAAAGUGUGAACAGUUUUUUAUGGAGCUGAUGAAGGUUCCCCGUGUGGAAUCCAAAUUAAGGGUUUUUGCAUUUAAAAUCACCUUUUCUUCUCAGGUGAGCGAUUUGAAGAUAAAUUUGAACACAAUCAACCAUGCAGCCAGAGAGGUGAAAGAAUCUGGAAAAUUGCGUCAAAUAAUGCAGACUAUACUUACACUGGGAAAUGCCUUGAAUCAAGGAACAGCACGGGGAUCAGCUGUUGGAUUCAAAUUGGAUAGUCUUCUUAAGCUAUCUGAUACUCGUGCAAGAAAUAACAAAAUGACUUUAAUGCAUUAUUUGUGUAAGCUUCUCGCUGAAAAAAUGCCAGAAUUGCUAGAUUUUGAUAAGGAUCUUGUCCAUUUGGAAGCGGCUUCUAAGAUUCAACUAAAAGCAUUGGCUGAAGAAAUGCAAGCUGUGAGUAAAGGUUUGGAGAAAGUUGAGCAAGAACUCGCUGCUUCUGAAAAUGAUGGUGCUAUAUCUACAGGAUUUCGUAAGGUGUUGAAGAAUUUUCUCGAUAUUGCUGAAGCUGAUGUGAGGUCCCUUAUAUCAUUGUAUUCUGAAGUGGGAAGAAGUGCAGACUCUUUGUCCCAGUACUUUGGAGAGGAUCCAGCUAGAUGCCCAUUUGAGCAAGUGACACAAAUCCUUGUUGUCUUUGUCAAGAUGUUCAACAAGUCAAGGGAGGAGAAUGAAAGGCAGGCAGAUGCUGAAAAAAAGAAGCUAGAGAAAGAAGCCUUGAAGGAAAGGACAGCAAAUAAUUCACAUUCCAAAAAAGAUGUGAUUCGGUAG